AUGACUGUUAUAAUAAUUACCUAUCGUAUCGUUGUUGAUUAUUUCAAAAGUUUUAUCGUUGAUAUAAAGAUGUCACUAAAUUUAGAUCAUUGUAUCGAAAAGUUACAGAAAUGCGAAAUACUAUCAGAGACAACCGUUAAAGAGAUCACCGAUAGAAUGAAAGAGAUAUUGAUCAACGAAGCAAAUGUACAAUCUAUUAGAGCACCCGUUACCGUUGUAGGUGAUGUUCAUGGUCAAUUUUAUGAUGUUUUAGAGAUAUUCAAGAUUGGUGGUAAAUGUCCAGAUACAAACUACCUGUUCUUGGGUGAUUAUGUAGAUAGAGGUUAUCAUAGUGUUGAAACGAUUACACUUUUAUCAUGUUUGAAAUUGAGAUAUCCAUCUAGAGUUACAUUGUUGAGAGGAAAUCAUGAAUCGAGACAGAUUACACAGGUAUAUGGAUUCUAUGGAGAGUGUAUGAGAAAGUAUGGCAAUGCCAACGUUUGGAAGUAUUUCACAGAGAUGUUUGACUAUCUGCCAGUGGCGGCUAUCAUCGAGGAUAACAUCUAUUGCGUACACGGUGGACUCUCACCAUCGGCACCGUCGAUCGAUCAGAUUAGAGUGCUCGAUCGUUUCCAAGAGGUGCCACACGAAGGCCCGUUGGCCGACUUGAUGUGGUCCGAUCCCGACCCCGAUCGCGACGGAUUCGUCGAGUCGCAGCGUGGCGCCGGUUACACGUUCGGUCAGGACACCGUCGCCAAGUUCCUGCAGAUCAACAAGAUGCAUCACAUCUUGCGUGCACAUCAGAUGUGUAUGGAUGGCUACCAAGUACUUUUCAAGCGAACACUCUCCACCAUUUGGUCGGCACCGAACUACUCGUACCGUUGCGGUAAUAUGGCAUCGAUUUUGGAGAUCAACGAAUCAUCGGAACACUAUUUCAACACCUACUCUGCCGCACCAGAGAGUUUACACAACAAACCACAACAAGAUACCACCAAAGAAUUACCAGAUUAUUUCCUUUAA